UUCGACCAACAUUUCAUUGAUUAUUUUAAUCGUCCAGAAAUUGAUGGAUGGGAAGUUCGUAAAGCCCUAGGCGAAUUACAUAAUUGUGAUGUGAUCCCAGAUCCAAAAAUAGUUGAAGCUGCGUUACGUGCUUGUCGCCGCAUUAAUGAUUUCGCAUUAUGUUUACGAAUAUUUGAAGCGUUAAAAAUAAAGUGUGGCACUAAAAAAAAUCGAAAAAUUAUUUAUCCUUAUAUAAUGCAACAGAUUAAACCUACUCUUGACGAGUUGGGGAUUCCAACUCUUGAAGAGCUUGGUUAUGAUGAACCAGAGUUUUUCAUACCUCAGCCGGAGUAUUGGUGGGAACGGAAGUGGUAUAUUUUUAUUUUAUCUUUUUAA